CAAGAUCAACACUACAACAGCUUAAAUACGCAUGUGCCCCUCUUUUAAUUAAAGUUGUACUGGCACCGCCGCCAAACAAGCACAGACCAAAGGAAGAAGUGGCUUUUUUUCAUCUCAUUCAACACGACCAUCAUUAACAACCCGUAUUCCAGCAAUCAGUCUCACUCCAGGGUGAAAAGCAAGUCUCAAUCAUGCUUCCUGUAUCAAGAGCUGUUUUGAUGGCCAGAAGGCCACUAUCACUUAGGUCAUCGCCGCUCAUCAUGCAAGGUAUUCGAUUCGAAAGUACAAAUACUCCGUCCACACCACCAACUCCAGUCUCACCUGCACGAGAGACUGCACACUCUUCUCCUAGCGCUGGGCCAUCACAACAACAGCAACAGCAAGAGAAACCAAAAUCAAAACACAAGCUAGUCUAUCGUGAAAUCUGGCCACCGUUCAUACGUGUGUUAGCAUAUGCAAGUGCAGUAUACUUUUCAUUACAACUCACAUGGCAAUAUUUGGACGGUCGUGAACAAAAAGAAUUGGAAGCAGAUGUUAGAAGGCAGCUAGAAGAAGAAGUUAGAAAAGAAAUGAUAAAAAAAGCAGAAAGAGCAAAAAGUGAUCAAGAUGCAAUCGCACAAAAAGCAAAAGGAUGGUUCUCUUGGGCAACGGGUAAAUGAGGUGAAUGUCUUUAUUGUUUAAUGGAACUCAAUGCUAUCUUGUUAUGCGAUUCGAAUGAUAUUAGGGUUGGCUGUAUGUGUGUUUUAUUGUACGACGACUUCAACGAUCAAACAUUAUUGUACCAUUCUCACUCUGUAUAUUUUAUGAUAUCAUAAUCACAUUGAGAUGAAAAGCUAAUCUACUGAUCCUCUACAAGUGAGUGUUGAUGAUGAUCAUC